AUGAAACAAAGAGAGCAGGAGAACAAUGACCUGUGGAAAAAUCUUCAUGAAGUGGGUGGAUGUUUUUACUAUCAGUCCAGUCUUUACAUAAUUUCCUUGGAGAAGAAGAGCUGGGCUGAGAGUAGACAAGACUGUAAGGCUAGAGGAGCAGAUCUGAUCACCAUAAACAACAGCGAGGAACAAGGUCUUGUUACAAAAAUGUCUGAUGGUAGUUUUGCUUGGAUUGGUCUGACUGACAGUGAUCUGGAGGGCAGAUGGAAAUGGGUUGAUGGCAGCAGACUUGAAUCUGACUUCUGGAGAUCUGGAGAGCCCAAUGGACACAAAGGAGAAAACUGUGUUGUGUCUUAUGCAUCACAGUGGUAUGAUUAUCCAUGUAAUAAUGCUUUUAAGUGGAUCUGUGAGAAGAACAUUUUUAAAUGA